CAACUCCACAGCACGGCAGAGGCAGAGGGGGCUCUCCACGGGGCAGUAGAACCAUAAAACCGGGACUACCACUUUUAAUCGCCAGCUCAUUCAGUCAUUUCUUCCAAAAAAAAUGACGGCGACCAUUAUUUCUCCAUUCUUCGACUACAGAGAAGCGUCCAACAAGAACAGUAAGAUGUUCAACUACAGCAGCAACAACAACAGUCUUGGUGGACCCCAGCUGACGUCUGUCCCAUGCCCCAGUGCCAACCUCUCCCCCUGCACCCCCGCUGGGUCCCUGCUGGACAGGAAGGCAGUGGGGGCCCCCUCUGCAGGAGGCCUGUUCCAACGCCGUCACUCAGUCAGCCUCCCCAGUGCAAAGUUCAGCCAGAACCAGUUUGUCAACAACCUUAAAAGGGAUCCCUCGGUGUUGGUGGGUAGCGGCUGCAGCAACAACAAGGAGAACCAUUUCCGUGGGCGCUCCUACUCUGAGCUGGGGGACAGGCUGUGGUCUAGCACUCAGGUGUGCAUGGGCGGAAGUGGCCAAGUCAACUCGAGCCGCUAUAAGACGGAGCUGUGCCGGCCCUUUGAGGAGAACGGAACCUGUAAGUAUGGCGACAAGUGCCAGUUCGCCCACGGCAUGCACGAGCUGCGCAGCCUGAGCCGUCACCCAAAGUACAAGACGGAGCUGUGCCGCACCUUCCAUACCAUCGGCUUCUGCCCAUAUGGCCCCCGGUGCCACUUCAUCCACAAUGCAGAGGAGCGCCGCGGCCCCCCUCCCCUCUCCGCCUUCAACAAGAUGGAGCGCCCUCGGCUGCAGCACAGCUUCAGCUUUGCAGGCUUCCCUAGCUCCAGCGGCCAGCAGGACAGCCCCACCUCCGUCACACCCCCACCCAUGUUCUCCAACGAAGACCUGACAGAGUGGCAGAGCAACCCAUUUGCUUACUCCAGCCAGGAGCUUGCCAGCCUGUUUGGCCCCAGCUCAGGGCCCCCACCCAUGUCUGAGCAUCAGGGUCUGACCCCACCUUCCCCAACUACCCCCUGCCUUUUCCAACCUGCGUCAGAGAGCUCCCCCAGCCCCCCGGACUCUCUGUCUGACCAGGAGGGCUACCAGAGCAGCUUGGGCAGCCAGAGCGGGUCUGAGUCCCCGCUCCUGGAUGCCUCCCGUCGCCUUCCUAUUUUCAGCAGGCUCUCUGUCUCUGAUGAUUAAGGCGUCUGCAUCCCUGAGCUGAGAUGGGAGUAAAGGAAAGGGAGGGAGAGAGGAAGAUGGAGACCAUUCACCUCCCUAACUCCCCUCUCCUCCUCUCAGCCCUGUUUACAGAAGAAGCAGGCAGCUCUGUGGAUUGUUUUAUCCAGCGAGUCACAUCAGAAAUCCAGAUCAAGUCUCUUCCAAUAUUCUGAACAGUUGGUAAAGCAGAAUCUUAUUAGCUUAGCCCUGCACUGGUGCCAUGGUGGAAUGAAUGUGAAAAGUAGCUCAGAGAUCCCAUUAUAAAGUAGUUUAAUAUGGGCCGUAGGAGUGGCAGUGGGGUCAGUGUGUGUGUGUGUGUGUGUGUUCAGUACAGGGUGUCUCUGUGCUGUACAAUGUGUGUUGCAGUGUUGUGUAUCUUUACACAGCCAUUAUUAUUAUUAUUAUUAUUAUUAUUAUUAUAAUUGCCUGUGCCACAACCUUGAUAUCUCCAAGUGGCUUGUGACAACUCAGUGUUCAGCUCAGAUCAGCACCGCAAAAUCAACAAGAGGAAGUGGGAAAGAUUCUAAAAGUGCCUUGCCUAGCUUACACUAGUCACAAAUACUAGUCAUGCGAAGCCAACAGUAAUCAUGCCCAGUUUCCUUUUCCUUUGGCUUGUCACACUGACAGAUUGCUUUCCUUCAGUCAGCCUGGAGUGCUGGUGCUAUGUGCCUUGUAAUAUAGAGCUGGUGGUCAGUUAUCAUUCUCUGUUUGCUCACCAGAGACUCACUCUUUAAAAACAGCCAGCAUUGGGAUGAAUCUUUUAAUGGGAUUUAAAAUGAUUUCUGAAGUUGGAGGUUGAGUUAAAGGGUCAUUUCAGACAAAUUACCAGAAAAUGGAUUCUCUCACUUAUCAUUAGUGGCAUACCUGUACAGACCAAAUCACCAUGUUUGUUUACAAUAACUUCUGGGUAGAAAACCCCUGUGUCAAGUACAUAAAAGCAAACAGCGCUGAGCAAACGGUAACUCGGGUUAGUUUUUAGCCACCUAAAGAGAGCUUUACCUUGCCAUCAGACUCCAUAGUCAUUUUACUUUGCAGAACACAAGAGUUGCUGGUCUAAUGCUGCCUUGACUGCUUAGUGUGUAGUAAAGAGUUGAAACAAUUUUAAGUAAAGUGCACACUUAAACUAAUACUCAACUUUUUUUUCUUUUUUAGGUGGCUAAGACACAUUUUUCUGCAGCCCCCAUCCACAGCAGUACACUGCUCAGCCUAGCAAAGCAAAAAAAAAAAAAGUCAGAUAGUUCAGACCACCGUGUUUAACUAUGUAUGUUUAAACGUUACAGUUAUGGCCAAAAUUGACAAUAGAAAUAAACAAGUUUCCAGUUUUCACAUAUGUCAGCAAUUCAGAUUGAUAGUUGUCGUCGUUGUUGUUAGUGUGACGUCAUAGUGAUUUGGUCUCUGGCUGUGCAGGUAGUGUUGAUUAUUUGUUUGGAGAUUUCUGUCUCCAUCCUAGUACGUUUGGAGAUGGGUGAAGUGUGCUCACAGUAUUAAAGAGUUCCAUUUACAUUAAUUUAAAGAGCAACAUCUUUCCCAGCGCGGUCUCCGUGUUAUUCUAUUGUCCACAAAAGUCACUGGAGACAGUUUUCACCCAGACUGUUCAUUUUGUACGAAGUCGUUCCAAUAACAGCUAUUCCCGCUGAGCUCUCUGGAGUAACAGAGUAAUGGUUUGAUCACACCCACGUGAAGUGGAUUUUCGCCUCGCGUUGCUCACCCCAAUGUGGAUGCUGGAAUGUUUUUUGGUGUAUUUUGCAACAAUAUUUACUAUUAAUCGCUGCGCUAACAGUUGUGCUAACUAACUGGGGAAGGCAGCUAAAUGCUAACUAGUUUCAUAGUUAAGUACAACCGAUAGCUGGAAUCAAGUGAUGUUAGCACGGUAAACAAGGAGGCUCAGGGCCCUGAACCAGCAUGAACCAAGAUGAUAACACUCUUAAUUGUUUUUCAUAUUGUCAUGGCAGCAAAUUACUGCUUUACUUUUUCUGUUUAGUUUGCACAGUAGCAGACCGCCUUAAAUCACUAGAAGUGUUAUUCUUAGAGGCAGCUCAACGAAAUAGCUUACACUAGUCACAAAUACAUAUUUUCAGAUCUUACUGUGUAACAUAACGUCUUUGCUCAAUAAUCUCUGAGCCCUGUCCCUUUUUGUUCUGUAUCUGUACAGUAUAAACGUUCAGUGGCAGAGCUCCUGUGCUUGCAGACGGCAACAAUACAUUUGUCCUCCAUUUCUGAUUCUCUGUAACGUCAGGUGAAUCUCAACUAGACUUCAGUGCUAAUAGGUUUUUACAACACAGCGUCCCACAGAUUUCUCACUCAAGUCAAAAAUUUCAACUCGUGUGAAUAGUGCAAAUUUUGCAUCUUUGCAAUCACUUUGUAAUCUGGCUGUUGAAAUUACUUGCUUCAUGUUUCAGUGUGAACACACCUUAACAGAGACUCUACACUGUAGGGGUUUAACUGUUAAAAUAAAGUAUUUGUUUUGUUUUUUAAGAUUUGGGUGAACUGACCCUUGAACAGACUGCCAGCAGACAGCAUUUACAGCAGGUGGCAGGCUCCUUGUAUUAACUGGUCACGUUUGUCUUAAGAAUUCAAACUCUGCUAAAAUGUUUUGAUCGUUUGAUCAUGUUGGUCAGCAGCUGAGCCUGUCCAGCCCCCCAUAUAUCAGUUCUCUCAGUCAGCUGUCUGAAAUCAAAUGCGCUCCUGUUAAUUCCACCAUGUUCAUCAUUAUUAUCAUUAUUAUUAUUAUUAUUAUUAUUAUGUUAUUAUUGUUGUUAUUAUUAUUAUUAUUAUUAUUAUUAUUAUUGUCUAGUUUUUCCCCCCCAAAGCCUUGUCAGUAAGGGCUUUGGCAGUCAUUGCUUAUUUAUCAAAAUGUAUUUAUUGCUGAUCUUAAGCAUUUUUAUUUUGUAUUUAUCUGGUUAAUGAAACAAUAGAAUAUAUAUUUUUCUUUUAUGUGAAAUUAUGAUCUUCCGUAUUAAUCGCAAGAUUGUGAAGACCUGUUUGUGUUAUUAUUUUUUUUUCCACAGUUAAUAUAUUACACUGCAAUGACAUGUUUUGUAACAUUUGAUUUAUUUUGAAAUCUUAAUUUAAAACACAAAGGUUUAUUUAUUGUCCUCCCAUGUGUUGGACUGCAGGUCGAGCUUCUCUGUCGCAGUCUGAAGGCACAAAUGCACUGGAGGCAUCAGAGUCGAUGCCCCUGUGCAUGUUAGAGACAAAUUGUCGUUUGGGGGUGGGGGGGGGGGGGGGGGUUGAGGUUAUGCAGCUGCCAUAAUCAAGUUCAAAUGAUGUUAAAAGCUAAUACAGUAUUAGCAAACUAAUCAGGUAACUAAGCUAGUGGCAUAUAGUUGUUAAGGGUGUGGAUAAAGUGUGAAUACACUCAGGGUGCAGGUGGUGCUGGGUUAACAGGGUUCUGCAUGCGGCUGUUGGGUGUUGGCGGCUCCAGAGAUGAUAGCCGGUGUGUCUGUUUCUGAAGCCGUUUCUUUCUUUCUACACAUUGUUUCCGUUUUUGCAAGAGCAGCUCAUGCCUAAAGUGUGAAAUUCACAACGAAUGUAUAUAAACCCCAUGUUUAAUUGACAAGUGAAAUUAGAUCUGUUUUAUAUUUGCAAAAUAUUUUUUAAAAUUUGCAAAUCUUUGUAUUUGUAGAAGGUGUUUUAUAUUUACAGAUUACACAUUAACACACAAACUGUUGAUCUGUUAACACAAAUAGUUGUGACACAAACUCUUUUUCCGAACCUUUCAACCAUGUUUGGAUUGCACUAAAAUGUUUGGAGAAAAUAUGUUUGUAUUUCUCAGAUACAUAAAACAAUACAUUUAGUGGUUUUAGACCUCCAUCUUGUGUCAUUCUAGAACCAUCUGCAAAAAUAAUAUUGCACAGCACAAUUAGGGCUGGGCGUUAUCGAGAAAAUCAAAUAUCACAAUAACUUUGACCAAAUACGUUGAUAAUGAUAUUACGAUGAUAUUGUAGGGUUAACUACUGGUGCUUUCACAAAAUAUUUACUCAGAUAUUUUUUGUUUUUUUUAUAAAUAAUCAUCAGUAAUGUGGAUAUGAUUACUAAGUGGGUGAAGACAAAUAAUAGAACAGCUACAACAGUUGGGCAAGUUCUGAAAAUGACAUCACUUUACUGUAACGCAGCCUUUAAAAACAGGAAAAGACAACACAACACAUAUCCAAAAUCUACAAGCAUAUCGAGUCUCAUCACCAUGUUGAUAUAUUGCCCAGUCCUGAGCACAAUAUUCAAAUGUGACUAUUAAUACUUAUCUAUUGAAUUUGUUUGAAUGCUGAGUCUGUUGUGUGUUGGAACCCUGUUUACAGCUCCCACCUGCAUCUUGCUAAAUGUUAAAUUUCCAGACUGAAGUGCCGCGCAGUAACCAGAGCUUCCACUGUGUUCAGGCCUCUCAUCCCUGCUGCAGUUCUGAGCAGCAUCUUUAUUCUCUCGAAUAUAAACUGGCUCUGGAACAGUCCCAUCAGUGUCCUCUAUUAGGAUGAUUUGAUUAUUAGUAUCACUGAAUCAGUUUAACCCUGUGACUAAAGCAUUUAAAGCUCUUAUUUUGACAAGGCGAUGGAAGCAUGCCUGUCCCAUGGUAUCACGCACAGACUUAUUAGCACUUUGAGUCAUCACGAUGGUGAUGAUGAUGUAAAGGUUAUUUUUUAACCACUUUUGCCCAUGAAAGUGCCUAUAAAUACAUUCCAGGUGUCCCACAUGUUGUGCCUUCAUAUUUUUCUAUAAGAGAGCAGAUAAAAGCCUUAAAUGUAUUCCUGUAGGUUAGAGGUUAACAGGAUUGACACAUGAGAAGCAACUGUUGAAUGUAUUCUCCAGCAGCUGUUGCUGUUACUACAGUGGUUUUGUUCAUGGUUUAUUUUGUAAUGACAGAUUGCAGUUAAAACCAAUAAAACAUGUAUUUAUAUUGAA